CAGAACGAGCAACUGGGAACUUUCGUAAACAUGAUACUAGGACACUUGCGACGGAACAUGUGAGAAACGUGACGGCUAAAAUAAGAAGCAAAAUAGGAAAAGAAACCGGUACGGAAACCGAUUAUUUGAAGUUUAAAUCAACAAUACUUAUACACAAAAAGAAUGAAACCAUGAUCAAAAAGAAAGAUGCUGAGACAAUGGAAGAUAGAGUUCAAGAUUUACGGCCGGAAAUAAAAAGGAAUUCGACAUUUACUCAAAGCACUGCGUUUAAGGUUGACGAUCAUGGGACGAAAAAUUCUAAUGAAACUACUAAGGCAGACAGACAGUUAGAUGUUGAAGGUAAAGUCUCUCAGACUAUAAAUGAAACAGCUAAAUCAUUAAAUUCUGUUAUACAUGACAAUCGAAAACUGAUCUCGAAAAGUGUUGUCUAUUCGAAUGUGACUAGUCGUCCAGAUGUUUGUGCUGGGUGUUUCAAAAAUAACUUUAGAAAGAUAAUAAACGAACCAAACUUGUGUGAUGGUGAUGUUGAACUUCUGUUUAUGAUAGCAUCGGUUGCUGCAAAGAAGGAUUCUAGAAAUGCUAUACGAAAAACAUGGUGUGGUGAUUGCAAUAAACCUGACUCAAAAAUGAGGUUAGUGUUUGUAUUCGGAAAUAAACAUGAUUUCGAUAAAAAUGAAAACUUGCUAGAAGAAAGUAAAGAAUUUCAUGAUAUAAUUCAAAUGGAUUUUGUUGAUACCUAUGCAAAUUUGACCUAUAAAACUAUGUCUUCAUUGCAAUGGAGUGAAGAUUACUGUAAGCAGGCAAAAUAUGUCAUGAAAACUGAUGACGACAUGUACAUUAAUACAGAAUUACUUCCCCUGUUACUCAAAGCGGCUCCUAGUGAAAAAUUCAUAGGGGGUACGUGCUGGGGACCAGGUUCUCCAAUCCGAAAUUCGAAAUCAAAAUGGUACGCUUCUGUCGUACAAUAUCGACAUAGUCGGUACCCUGCUAUGUGUAGCGGAACCGGAUAUGUAAUGUCACGUGACGUUGUUUCUGGAAUACUUCAAACAUCACCAAAUGUGCCAUUUUUCUAUCUUGAGGACGUGUAUAUUGCGAUAUGUGCUAAUACAUUAGGACUACAUCCAGUAAAACUGAAAGGAUUUAAAAACAAUCGGGCCCGCUUUGACCCGUGUAGUUAUAGAAACCAAAUAAUAACUUCGCACAGACUAAAUGCUCACGAUUUACACUACGAAUGGACAGAAAGUAGAACGUGCCCAAAAGCUGAUCUCAGGCCAGAAAUGGUAUAUAAACCUUUCCCCGUAUAGAUAGCCUAAUUAUUGCGCAGUUGCGCAUCAGUACCUUAAAAAGGACUUUCCCUAAUAAGGUCAUUGAAAGGCCUUUUGUGUAGUAUAAAACAGACUCAAACUGCCUACAUUUAAAUUUGUCAGAUUUCAUUUGUUUUGUUAUUUUUCUUCUGGUGUUUCGAUUUAACAGAAUACGUAAUUGUUUAAUAAUUUUUCCCUUAGUGCAUAGGCCCACUGUUUUUUUUAAUCGUAGUAAAUAAUUAGCGAAACAGCUGAUCAAUGCUAUUCCUCAAUAGUUUGUAUGCUCACUAGAGUCACCCAUUUUAAAAACAGGUAUAAUAAUAUUUGUGACUAUGAUUUAGGAAAACAUUUUAUUUACUUUGUCUAAAAUGUAAUUAAAUAAGAUCUCUAAAGGUUUAUCUAGAAUAUCGAUACCUUCUUUAAUGUACUAGUUCUUAAAUUUGCAUUAUUAUCAAAACUAUACAAAUACGUACUCGUCUAUUUCAUCAUAUUCCUCUACCGACAAUUCUGAUGCUAACUUUUUGAAAUGAUUGCAAAAUUUUUCAAGCAGAACCUGUUACAGAAGUUACUGGUCUAGGGAAUAGCCAUUCAGAAAUGUGGUUCUAUAAACUUAUUAAAAUUAGAAGCCUGAGUAGUAAAAGGAGUGUUUUAACUGUUUUCAAUUUGUUAAGACAUAUGCCUAAUGAUAUCUAAUACCGCAAAAUCGAACUAUGGGGUUCUAUCAAAAGGUUUUUGUUCUUUAUGUGUUUUGUUGUUGUUGUUGUCGUUUUUUUCUUUUCUUUUCGGUAAAAUUCUGUUUUUGAAGCCUAAUUGCAUAAAAUAUGUGUUGUUAUACUUUAGUUUCGUAUAUUCAAUGAGUGUUUUCAAGAUAGGUCAUAUUUUUGGUAGUGACUGUUGAAUUAUCUCAAAACUGCUAUUGUAAUCAAUUGCAAAACACAUUUGUUCGAAAGUGUUAAAGUUUGAGGUUUGACAACAAAACUGCAUAGUUUGUCACAUAUAAGCCGCGCCAUGAGAAAACCAACAUAGUACGUUUGCGACCAGCAUGGAUCCAGACCAGCCUGCGCGUCCGCGCAGUCUGGUCAGGAUCCAUACUGUUCGCUAACGGUUUCUCUAAUUGCAAUAGGGUUUGAAAGCGAACAGUAUGGAUCCUGACCAGACUGCGCGGAUGCGCAGGCUAGUCUGGAUCCAUGCUGGUCGCAAAUGCACUAUGUUGGUUUUCACAUGGCGCGGCUCAUAUCAUUAUAAUCAGUUUUAUGUAGCAAAAAUAAAAAACGGUUAAGUAUGACGACUAUCUGCAGACAAAUUUUCAUAAUUAUUGCUGAAAGGAACGAACAUUGUCUUUGAGGCAAUAAACAUUUCGGAUAUUAAAAAAUUGAUCAUUUCGAUUAAAUUGAAUUAAAAUGCAUAACUAUGCAUCGUCUGAAGUUUACACGUGAUGUUUAAGUAUUCAGUAAUUUGAUACGAUUAUCAAACAAUGUAAAUCACUCUUUUAUGAAAACUGCAGUAGUCAGGUAAAUAAAAUUUACAUUUUGAGAUGAUCCCUGCCACUCUUAAUUGCAAUUUAUGUGCUUCAUUUAAAGUCAUACGAUUGAUAAAUCUCUUGCAUGCAAAAACAAAAAUCAGAAAAAGGAUCUAUAUUAUUGCAGUUUGUGUGUUACCGCAGUUAUACAUGUAUGUUUUGUGAAUGCCGGUAUAUGGUAUAUGGUAAGUCAGUUGUGUAAUUAUGGAUAAAUAAAUCAUUUACAUUGACCUAUUUGUCAUGUAGAAAAUGUUGCAUUUCUGUUGAAUGAAUAAAGAUAUGAUAAUAAUGAUUACCGGUAUUUACUUACAAACUUUACUAAUUUUAUGAUUUUACCUUUUUGUUCUAAUAUCUAUUUAAAGAAAAUAGAUUGGUCCGUUCCAUGACAAAACCUGUAUUAAUGACAUUAAUGACAAAAAAUCAAAAUUGAGAUAACAGAAUAUUCAUGAAGAACAUUCUUUUAUCUUUCAAAUCUGAAAAUUUGAAGUAGUUAUCUUCACUUUUUCAAGAGUUACAAUAAUUUUAAGUAAGUCAUCGAAGGCAUUUUGAGACGUGACGUUCAGAACGUCAUGAAAGCAGUAUGACGUCGCCGUGCAUGGCGUGUCUUUUUCAAGUCAUUAAAGCAACAAUUUUUGUAUCACUUACUAAACAUCAUACGUUCGAAUAUUAAGGAAUAGUUUAAAAUGAUUAUACUGAAAAUUAACUUAACCGUACAUUUUUGGAUUCAUCACGGACCUGUUAUCUACACACAUCUAUAUUUAUAUGAUGCAUGGGUGCUUUAGAAUGUCCGUUGCCAUGACAUCACAAAUGACAUUUUUAUGUAAAAUAUGGUAGAAUUUGAUUUUCCUCAGACGAUUGUAUUACACUAUACUCGUUUCUAAUUUCUGCAGGAACAUAAGAAAAAGAGUUUCCAUGAGUUUAAAUCACUUAUUAAGCAAUAUUUGUAUUAUGUCACUAAUGAGGUUUUCUCAUGGAACAGCCCAUAUGUUUUAAGAUUUGCAUUGCUGUUUCAAUAGAUGCUCCUUAACUCAAUGAUGUGCUCAUUUUAUAUACGUACAUAUCAUUUAACACCAUUAAAUGCACAGUUUACAAAACACUAUAUCCACUAACGUGUAGAAUAAAUACCUUUUCACUUUGUAUAUUACAUGAAGCAUUCAGAUGAUGGUCAACCAGUCUUCGUUUUAAUACAGUGUACAACACACAUUGGCAUCACAUCAUGUAGUAGGUUUAAAUUAUGAAUAGAUAGAUGAUAACACUGGCAUUUUAGACGUUUUCUUCUGAGGUACUUGACACUUUUAUCAAUCGGAUGAUUUUUGUGAAAUUUCAUAUAAGAUUGAAGUCCUUCCAAGGUUAAUUUGUCUUUAAGAAUAUCUUACCGGUAUUUAAACUAAUACAAAAUAAAUAUAGACUUGAUAUACUCUAUAUAUUCAGUAGUCAAAUUUCUUUUGAAUUAACUAACGUUUAAAAGUUUCUAUAGUUCCCGGUCCACGGGCAACAUCGGCGUGCAGUCCAACUCCAUGACUCUGAAGCGAUGGAACAUGUCAUACAUUUUCAAAGCACAAUUUAGUCAUCAGUUUUCAUGUCUAUUUCACAACUGUCAUGUUCUAUGCUGCGCAUCAAAAUGUGUGCUUGUGUGCGUGUGUGCGUGCGUGCGAUCGUGUCAACUUUAAUGUAGUUCUGAGCUGCUACAGAUAUUCCAUGGUAGUGAAUUUAAUCGUUACACAUCUUGAAAAAUCCAUUGCCAUUACAUAGUGACUACACUUGUUAGAAAAAUAAAGUUAUUUGUUAAAGAAA